CUCGGGGGUACGGGAGAAAACGCGAUGUGCGUCGUACACACCCGACCUGAAUCUCUAGCGCGAAAUGUUUUGUUUCAAAUAUAUCGGCGCCUCUAUUGACGUCAAUAAUUUUCUUUCUACGAUAAAACAAAUCUCAUAUCGCGUAUAUUGUGAAUGUUUUAUCGCAAUGCAAUUAUAUUCAUUUUCUUGGGUGAACAGUAUGAGCCCUGAAUUACACCUUUGACAAGAAAUGAGCGUGCUUUGACAGGUUGGUGGGAGAUGAAAAAAAACAAACGAUGGACAUUUUUUACAAUGUUUACACAAAUGACGAGAGGAAUGUCGAGCAAGAGAAACGUUCAUCACACGAUGGCCUCGGCAUCUGUCGAAGAAGAUAGCGACAGCGACAGCGAUAGCGACUCUGACGGGGAACAGGCCAGAGGACAAUCCGCUUUCUGGAGAAGAAAAAUGCGCACGCUUCACAGUCAUUUGGAUGUUAACAAGGAUGGAGUCAUAAGUUAUGACGAUUUUAUGCUGCUCGCUGAAAGAUUCACCGAACUUGGUCAUCUCUGCCCGGAAUCUAAAGAAGAAUUUGUCAAAGUUCUCAGCGACAUGUGGGUUGAGCAGUGGGGAGAAAUCAGUCCCUACAAUCUUGUAGGCGUUGAACAGUAUCUCGAAGAAAUGCAUCAUGUUUUAAAUGAUUGUUCUCUCAAAAAGAAAUGCCACCAUUUCUUACCAUUCCUAUUCAAGGCGGUGGAUAAAGACCGCAGCGGAGAAAUAUCGGUUGAGGAAUUCAAGCUUUUCUUCCAGUGCCUCGGUCUCUCCAAUGACCAUGCAGUCAUCACGUUCACAUUUAUCGACACGAACGAAGACGGUAAAAUCAGUCAACACGAAUUCAUCAAACUGGGACGGGACUUUUUCCUGACGGAAGAUGAAACCAAGCCGAGCAAGCACUUCUGGGGACCGCUCGUCGAUUAGCGAUUGAUUCGUCUAAUCAGUACCCACACAUAAUGCAACUAUUGUGAUAAUUUCUUAUUGCGUGAUUUUUAUCUUCUGUUUUACGCACUUCGACUUUUUACGGUAUUCAAAAUACCUGUAAAUUCUAAGUCUGAACACUAUUUUGAUAUGUAAGGUUUUUUAUAUCCGUACUUGUAAAACAAAAAAAAAACAAAAAAUAUCGUGUAUAAUAGAUAUAUUCGUAAUUUUUUGUAAAUUGUGCAAGAAUUAA